UAUCAGUUCACACAAUAGCUCGUAUAGUGCAGCAAUGGCAUUGGCAGCACCUGGAGGAUUUUUCGCAUUUGGAAUCAGAAGAAUUGAAAUAGUUCAAGUUAGGCUGCGAAAACCAAAUUAUAAACCUCCAUUGAGUAGAGCUAAUAAAAUUCCUCGUGAAGAUGCUGGCUAUGGUAUUACUGAUGGCAAUAUUGCUGCUAUUGACUUUGGAACAACCUCUGUUUCACUGGCUUAUACUACUAAAGGAGAUGAUCAAGUCAGCACUUUUAUUCUCGACCCAGAAGACAAAUCUACACGUGUUCCUAAUGCUGUUCUACUGAAGAAAGAAGGAGGGAAGAUAAUAGUAGAAGCUUUUGGCAGUAUUGCCAGAUCACAAUUCACAGUAAUGAGGAAAAAGGAUCAUUCUAGUUGCCAAUACAUUUACUUUGAGAGAAUUAAAAUGUUAAUGAAAAGAGAAAAGAGUGUUGAUAGAAAUACACGAGUUGAGUCAUUUUCUGGUGAGAAGUACUACCUGGUUGAAGUCAUUGCAUUUAUACUGAAGUACUUGAAGGAUCAACUCAUUGAUCAUUUUGAGCGUACCGUCAAGCCAUUGAAGACAACAGAUUUUGAUUGGGUCAUUACUGUACCUGCUAUAUGGAAUGCACGAGGAAAAAGAAUGAUGAGAGAAGCUGCUUAUAUGGCUGGUUUAAUGACAGAAAUUGAUGGCAUUAGCAGUUUCACUCAUGUUGCUCUUCCCGUUCCAAAAGAAAUUAAUCCUGACAAGUUGUCAUUAGCACUAGAGCCUGAAGCAGCUGCUCUUUAUAGCCAGGAAAUAGUGGGAGACCAGAUUAAAAGUGAUCCAGGCACAUCAAUUAUUCCACGUCCAUCAGAUUACAUGGUGAUAGAUGCUGGAGGUGGUACUAUAGAUAUUACAGCUCACAUUGAAGUUGAUAAUGGUAUUGUAGUUGAGAAUAUACCAACUGGCAAUGCAUGGGGUGGUACACAGGUCAAUGAAGCUCUUUCUCAAUUUUUGCAGCGUAUAGUUGGUGACCCUGAAUUUAAAACAUUUCUUCAUACAGAGAAAAGGUCUCAACAUAUGGCAGCAUUAAAUAAUAUGCUAUACAAUGAAUUUGAAAAGCAGAAAAUUCUUUUUGGCCAACAAAAAUCAAAUGUAAUUGCCAUUAAUUUGCCAAAAAUGUUUGCCAAACAUUAUGAAGAAGCACUAGCAAAAGGAGUGAAGAAUAUGCCUGGAGUCGAAUAUGAUGAAGAUAUGGAUGAUACACUGUUCAUAGAAAAAGAUGUAGCCGAAUCACAAUUAUUUGGUCCAGCAAUCAAAGGUAUUAUUGAUUGUACAUUGAAAGCUAUUGAAGAGAAUGGAUAUAAAGUUUACACAUUUUAUUUGGUUGGGGGAUUUGGAGGCUGCAAGUAUGUACACGAGAAAGUCUCUGCUGCUAUAGAAAAGGCUUAUGGUUCAAAAGGUCGUUCUUGCAGUAUCAUAGUACCUCCUACUCCUCAAUUAGCUGUUGCUACAGGAGCUGCUAUGUGGCGUAAAAAUCCAGAGAAGAUUAAAGCAAGACGCUCUGAUGCUACUUAUGGGAUCGGAGUAUCUAUACCAUUUGAUGAAGAAAAGCAUGAUGAGUAUUAUAAAUUCUAUCAUGAUGAGCAAAAAGAAAACAAAUGUGGUGAGGUCUUUAGUGUGUUUUUAGAAAAAGGUGAAUUAGCAAAAUCCAAUGAAGUUAUUAAUGCUUCUAUAACGCCUUCACGACAAAGCUUCACUAAUAUGCUCUUUGAGAUAUAUUCCACUCCUGAUCUUGGAAUUCAAUACAUUAAAGACAAAAAUGGCAAAAGUACUGUUGCUGUUAUUGGUCAGUUAGUUAUUGAUAUUCCUAAUCCUGAUAAUUUGCCUAGAGAAAAGCGUAUAGUUGAUGUCACUAUGGAUUUCAGUGGUACAGAGAUUCAAGCUAAAGCAAAGUAUCGUAUUACUGGAAAAGAAGUUAAAACUGUUUGUGACUUUCUUUCUGCUCAAUAGAAAAAUAGUUUAUGGGCAAUAAAGUUUAUUAUUAGCCUUACUAGACCUAUAAUAUUUAAUUUGUACAAUUGUCUGCUUUUAGAUUUUGAAACUGCUACUGCAUUUUAUUUUUUACUAAAAUAAUUGUUAGAAAAAUUAA